AUGCCCCAAAAUGAUUUUUGGAGGAUACAUAAAGUUUCUGACAAUCGAAGGGGAGAAACAAGCAAGUCAAACACAAAAGCAAGCGAGAAAUUGAAUGUGGAAAGAAACCCUAACCUUCGCGACAAAGAGAGGAGUAAAGGGAAAUCGUGCGACACUAGGUGGGGAUUACGCAAGGCCACGAUCGCUCAAGUGGUUGCCACCAGGGAGCUUGGACAAAU